CUAAGCUGACGUCAGCCCGGUACCGAUGAACAACCGGUAGCGUUGAAGGGAGCUGUAUGUUAGCCCGUUGUUUGUAGCUUUGUCCGUUUAUCCCCCUGUCAAACGUGCAAACAUCAUGCCUUUCGAUGUUAGGAGAUUCGAUAUUUACAGGAAAGUGCCAAAAGAUCUCACCCAGCCCACAUACACAGGAGCUUUCAUUUCCAUUCUCUGCUGUGUCUUCAUACUCUUCUUGUUCCUGUCUGAGCUGACGGGAUUCAUAGCCACAGAAAUUGUAAAUGAACUGUAUGUGGAUGAUCCUGAUAAAGACAGUGGUGGGAAGAUAGAAGUGAGUUUAAACAUCAGUUUGCCACACUUACACUGUGAUUUGGUGGGUUUGGACAUCCAGGAUGAGAUGGGCCGCCACGAGGUCGGUCACAUAGACAACUCCAUGAAGGUUCCUCUCAACCAGGGCGAUGGUUGUCGCUUUGAGGGAGAGUUCACCAUCAACAAAGUACCAGGAAACUUCCACGUGUCCACGCACAGCGCUACAGCGCAGCCCCAAAACCCCGACAUGACCCACACCAUCCACAAGCUGGCCUUCGGAGAAAAGCUCCAGGUACAGAAAGUACAAGGAGCCUUCAAUGCGUUAGGAGGGGCUGACAGGCUGUCAUCUAAUCCUCUGGCCUCGCACGACUACAUACUGAAGAUUGUUCCGACAGUGUACGAAGACCUCUCAGGCAGACAGAGGUUCUCCUACCAGUACACAGUAGCAAACAAGGAGUAUGUCGCUUACAGCCACACCGGCAGGAUCAUCCCGGCCAUCUGGUUCCGAUACGACCUCAGUCCAAUCACAGUGAAGUACACAGAGAGGAGACAGCCCUUCUACCGCUUCAUCACAACAAUCUGUGCCAUCGUCGGCGGGACGUUCACAGUCGCAGGAAUCAUUGACUCCUGUAUAUUCACCGCUUCAGAGGCCUGGAAGAAGAUCCAGAUAGGGAAGAUGUCAUGAGGACUGCUCCCCGCUCCUCCCUACAUCUUAUUUAUAAGUGCAAAGUUGCUAGCCUGUUAGCUAAAUCCAAUCCUGCUCGAACCCACUUCCUUUUGUAUCAGCGCGACCAAUGAAGUGGCUCCAGCACUCGAUUUAACUACCAGGCUACAUGGCUGCGUCUCAGUUACUUAAGUUCCUCUCAGGCCCCAUCUGCUCUGGUGACGUGUGGACGCCGACUAUCACAUGUCGGCUUUCUCCGUCUUCAGUGUCAGGGGAGGAGAGGAAAGGAAAGGAGAGGGAAGCUCUUUUGUUACUGCGGAGAUGAAGUACUGUGUGUCAGGGUUCAACCAGUAUGGGUACUUGAAGGCUGCGUCUGAUUGUGUUAGAAUGAAGUAAAAAAACAAACAAAACAAAGCUGAUAUUUGUGAUGAAAGUCAAAUAUUUUAAAUUUGGUGUAAACACUUUGUGACACUAAUCUCCACAAAUAUUCAAUCAUAGGGAAGUUUUCAAGUUACGAGACAUGAUUGUUUAAAUGAAUUAAAAAAAGGAUCAUUUUAACCAGUCCAACCAGUAUAUCGGUCUAACCGUACUGUUUACUCAGUUCCGCAAAAUGAAAAUGAUCAUUUGAAGGAAGUGUUUAUAAGCCUGUGCUGUUUAAAAGGCUGGACUGAUAUUUGUAGACGUAAUUCACUCUGUCCAUAAAACUACAAUUUGCAUCAUGUGAUGUUAUUUUUACAGCCUGUCUCAUUUUAUCUUCAGUAUUCAAACUGUGUGCCUUUAGUUUGACUCGUCCACCAUAACAGGGUUAUCAUCAGAUGUUCCAGUGGCUGCCACUAAAACCAGUUCAUUGCAAAUUAUGACUCAGUGCAGAUUCACCUUUUAGAGUUUUCUUUUUCCAACACAUUCAUCAUUGUUUCCCUUGAAAUCAGUGUAUACCAAAUACUUCAUCAAUGCUGUUAAAGAUUCUACUUUUGACUUUUUCCAUCCCAUUUGAUUUGUUGAGAAAAACUAUAAUGAAUGUCUUGUUUUUUUUUCUAAGAGAUCAGUUGAUUACGGUAGUUUGUUUGUUUUUUACACGGUAUGUGAACAUGUUUACUUUUUUAAUUUCUAUGAAGUUUUAAAAUUGUAAAGAUUUGCUUUUAUAAGGAGAGAACUUGUAGACCAACAUGUUUUUCCCUCUUUGGUCAUUUCUUUUCUUUCUUUUAUACUGUUAUCUGACAGACCUCUCUGAUCCAGGACGGUGAUAAUCACAAGCCUUCAGAAACUGGUCUUUCUACUGUUGAGGUCAUUCACUUCCUGUUCCGUCUCAAAUUACUCUGUAAUGCUAUGUGUUCCUCCAGUAAAGGUACCAUAGAAAUCA